AUGUCUGAUUUAGAAGAUGAUUUAUUAGCUUUAGCAGGUGGAGAAGAUUAUGAAUCUGAAGAAGAAAUAUCACUGUCAAAACGUAAAAUAACGAGAGAUUAUUCAGAAGAUGAAAAUGAAGAUGAUACGGUAUUAGCCAAACGGAGAAAAGUUGAGACUGAUGAUUACGAUGAUGGAUCAGACGAUGAUAAUGAUGAAGAGGAAGAAGAGGAGUUAGUCAAUCCAUAUCCCUUAGAAGGUAAAUAUAAAGACGAGCAAGAUCGAGAUGAUUUGGAAGAUAUGGAUGAAGUUAAAAGGGAACAAAUUCUAUUCGAAAGAGAGCAAGAAAUGGAUAGAUAUAAUGAAAAGAAAUAUUUACAACAACGUAUGAAAUCUCAAAAUCAACAAACUAAAAAAUCUAGUGAAAAAUUAAGAAGCUCAAGUCGUGUUAAAGCCGGAACUGGUAAAUCGAAUAAAGAAAACAAACUUAGUGAAUUGAAAAAGCAAAGAGAAAAAGCUUCAAGAAGAAGAACUAGAAGAGAAGAAGAAUAUGAUGAUGGAUCUGAAGAAGAGGAUGAAGACGAAGAAGAUGAAGAAUCAUUAGGUUCAGAAAAUGACUACUUAGAUGAUGAAAAUCAAGAAAUAUGGGGAGGUGUAUCAAAAUCAAGACAUAAAAAACUGACAACUUUAGGAAAAUUGGAAGAUAUAAAUCGUAUUAGAGUUGGUAGAAGUUUAUUGGCUCAAUAUUGUUAUCACUCAGGAUUUGAAGAUGCUGUUGUAGAUACAUAUACCAAAGUUAAUGUUGGUAUGGAUAGAGCAACUAGACAACCAAUGUAUAGGAUGGUUAAAAUAAUAGAAUCAAAAUCUAGACCAGAAAAACCUUAUAAAAUUGGAAAUUCAAAAUAUGAUUUAUAUUUUUUAGUAAGUCAAAAUAAAAAUCAAAAAAAACCAUUUCCAAUGAAUAUGUUUUCAGAUUCACCAAUAACGAAAGAAGAAUUAAAUAAAUAUUUAAUAGAAUUAGAUAAAACUGGAGAAUCAAUAGAUUUUCUUGAGGAUAUUAAUGAAAAACAUAAACAGUUACAACAAUUAUUCAAUAAAGGUCUUACAGAUAAAGAUAUAAAUGAAAUGAUUGCUAAAAAACAACAAAUACAACAAGAAAAAGGAAAUUAUACAACUUAUGAUGCAGUAAAACAAAAGGCUAAAUUAAUGGAUGAAUUAAAAAUCAAUAAACAACAAGGUAAUUUAGAAAAUACUAAACAUAUAAUUGAAGAAAUCAAAAACAUAGAAAAUAUAUUAGAUAAUAAACCUGAUUUACCACAAAAUCAAUCAAAAAAGCAAAAUAUAUCAAAAGUAAAUGAAAGAAAUCGAAAAUAUAAUUUAGAUAAUAUAAGAAAAGCAGAAAUAAAAUUUAAAUCAGAUUUAAAUAAUUCAAAUUUUGAUUCUGGUGAUCCUUUUUCAAGAUUAAAAACAACAACAAGAAUGUUCUAUCAAGAUUUAAUAAAUCAAGAAAAUGAAAAAGCUUUAAAAAAUUUAAAUAUGCAAGAAUUAAUUAAUGAAAAAUCAAAACAAGAAGCUAAAAUUGCUGAUUCUACUUAUAGAGAUUUAGGAGUAUUGGAUAAAUUAAUUAAUUCAAUUGAUUUAGAAAUUGAAUUGUUUAUAUAA